CUACAGAAAACGAAUGGCUUACGAUGGGAAGAGCAUGCGGGUAGCCACUAUUAAAUUGAUUCUGUUCUUUUGGGCUAUUGACCCUGAAUCGACAACUGCUACUUUCAAGAAACAACUUUCACUUUCUAGGGAAACUGCAGGACAAUUCAAAUGCGAAGCAGAAGAGUUUCCUUGUGGAAAUACUUCAGUUUGUUUAGAACGAGUGAAACAUUGUGAUGGUAUUAAGCAUUGCCCCAAUGGGGAAGAUGAACAAGGAUGUGCUAAUAGCAAUAAUAAUUUCGAAGCAGAAGAGUUUCCUUGUGGAAAUACAUCAGUUUGUUUAGAACGAGUGAAACAUUGUGAUGGUAUUAAGCAUUGCCCCAAUGGGGAAGAUGAACAAGGAUGUGCUGAUGCACAUGGAAGUCUCAAUUCCUUACUUAAAGGAAUGAAACAAUAUCCAGAAUUGCAAGAUGCUAUAUUGGAUGGUUCUUUCGAUAAUUGCAGUCUUGAUUAUAUUCCGGACUACUGUGAAUGCAUACAGUUUACUUCACUUUAUUGUGGUAGCAAGAAUUUAACAUCUCUUCCACGAGGCAUUGGAAAACACGUCACAAAACUUGUUUUGAUGAACAGUUCUUUACAGCAUUUAUCUAGAGAAGCAUUUUCUAUGUAUAUAGGGCUGAAAAUAAUCCAUAUAGAAGGAAAUAAUAUCCCUAUUCUAAAUUCAGGACUGUUUCUUCGUCUUACCAACGUAACUGUUUUAGUUCUUAUGAGGAACCAGAUUAAAUAUAUUCAACUUGGAGCUUUUAGUGGUUUAGUGAAUCUUAGAUGGUUGUUCUUGCAGAGUAACUCUCUUGAGUUAUUAGAUAUGAACGUUUUUUCAGAUCUGAUGUACCUUGAAGUUUUGGAUUUAAAUGACAACAGACUUAAAAAGUUGGACGUUUUCCCACCUUUGAGAAAGCUUUAUUACCUUUCAAUAGAAAGAAAUAAUCUAGAGAGAAUUGGAGGUUCGACGUUUCAGAACUUGGUUUCACUGGAAGUUUUAAGUUUAAAGAACAAUGUUUUGAGGUUCGUGGAAGAAACUUCAUUUGAUAGAUUAAACAAUCUCUUAGAACUAGACAUAUCAUAUAAUCUUCUGACUUAUCUGAAACCGAAACUUUUUUUUGGUCUUCGGAAUCUUAAUAAAUUGAAUAUAGAAUUUAAUAUGAUAAAAUCACUGUCAGCAACGACAUUUAAAGGCUUACAUUUGUUGAAAUCACUUGAUUUACGUGGUUUAGAAAUCAAAAAUAUUGAUAUUCAACUUUUCUACCCUUUGACUAGUUUAGAAUUCAUAUACUUCAAAAAAUUUCUGUACUGUAGUUACGUCCCAUACGUUCGAAUUUGUAUUCCUAAGACGGAUGGUCUUUCGUCGACAGAACAUUUAUUAGUGUGGCCAGCUCUCAGGAUGUCUGUUUGGAUUGUAGCUUUAAUGACAUGUAUUGGUAAUACAGUUGUAUUAUCUUGGCGUGCUUUAUCACGUAAAGAAGACGAAAUCCUUUCUUUAUUAAUCAAGAAUUUAGCAUUUGCUGAUUUGUUGAUGGGUAUUUAUUUAAUAGCUAUUGGUGCUCAAGAUGUAUCCUUUAGAGAUAAAUAUAAUGAAUAUGCACAUGGUUGGAUGUCUAGUUGGCAUUGUACAACAUGUGGAAUUGUAGCAAUGGGUUCCAGUGAAGUAUCUGUGCUCAUUUUAUCUCUUAUUACCUUUGAGCGGUACAGAUGUAUUCGCAGCAACAUACGCGUCAUUACUAUUUCUGGUGCACGUAAUAUUUUAGGGGUCAUUUGGGCAGUUGGUUUUACGCUGGCAAUUCUUCCAGCAUUUAACUGGUAUGAUGAACAAGGAUUCUACACAAGCAAUGGACUUUGUUUUCCUUUGCAUAUUGAUGAUCCAUUCAUGUUAGGUUGGCAGUAUUCAGCAUUUGUUUUCUUCGGAAUUAACUUCCCUGCUGUUGUGCUGAUUAUUAUUCUGUAUGGAAACAUGUUUUCUUUAAUUAAACAUAAUCGAGGUUCUGCUCGACCGGUCAACUUAAGCCAAAAUGAAGAUACUAUACUUGCUAUCCGUUUUUUCUUCAUUGUUCUUACAGAUUGUCUUUGUUGGAUACCAAUAGUUGUCAUAAAAAUGCUUGCUCUUACAGGAAUUAACAUAUCACAUACUCUCUAUGCGUGUGUUGUUGUAUUCAUUUUACCAAUUAACAGUGCUCUAAAUCCACUACUAUAUACAAUCGCUGCACCAACGGAGCUAAGGCGACAAAUUGAAAGAUGGCUGGAACCAACUCUGCAGUGGAUGCAAAGAUUUAACUUUGCUAUAAAAUCUCGUGUAAAAGUAUCAUCAACUCUAUCAAGAAGUGAAAGAAAUUUGGAAAAUCGUACAGUACCUCAAGUGAAGAUUACAGAUGAGCACACUGAACUAUGUAUUACAACAAUAUGAGAAAUAAAAAUAUUGCCUAAUUGUUUUAA